GUAAGACACUCACAAUGACACAUUUUGAUCAUAAGAAAAUCAGAUUUGCAGUGUUACCAGAUAAAAAUGAAAAAAAAGGGAAUGAUGAAAAUCUCUCCAGCUCGUGCGAUUCGUUUCCCCAAAAGUAUUCGCGUACCUCUCUGCUGAUCAUGGACUAUAAAGAGUUCCUGGCCGCACGCGCCGUGCAGGCGGCGUGGCGAGGCCAUCAACAGCAGGAAGCAUUCCAUUACGCCACGAAGGCUGCCAUCACCAUACAAAGAUGGUGGCGAGGCUUUCACGCACGCAAUCGUUUCUUCUCCAUCGUUGAGCAGAUGGUGCAGGAUGGAGCGAUCGCCUUUUACAACAGAGCGGCGACCAAGAUACAGGCGUUCUUUCGGGGCUGGUACACACGGAAGACAGUCCACGAUAUGCACAACCUGCGACGCAUGCAAAUCUGUGCCGCCGAGGAUCUGCUCAAUGAUGUGGCCUGCAAGCUGCAUCAUCUGCUGCGCACAUACUCCAUACCUGGCAUCUACUCCCUACGCAACUCACACUGUCUAUCGAAGGUGGAACAGCUGAUGACCAGCAUGACGUAUCGAUUUCUCAAUGAUCGUGCGAGCUACCAUCGGGUGCGCCGGGAAACUUUGGCCAGGACUCAAGCCACUCAAUUCGAACGAAACGCCCAUUAUACGAAUGUACCCUAUCCGGGUCCCAAUUUCAACAGCGCGUGCGAGCCCUGUCGCGAGGACAUAAUCAUCAACAAGCCCAUAGAGCUGUGCAUGUACAAGAUUAUUACGGAAUACGAGCGAGCUGCGGUCAACCCGACUAUAGCCAAGACACGCAGAACUCUAACUACUCGUAAAUUUCACGCGCAAUCGCGAAAAAUGUGGGAGAAAGUGGGCAAGGUGCAAGGCGAUUUUUGCAGCGAUGUCAUCAACAGCAUGCGUAAGUGGCAUAUUUGGAAUGCUAAGAAGCUAAUAGUAGCCCGUGACAUCUAUCGCGAUCCCGAGAAACUGUCAUAUUUCCUAGACGAUGUCUCAAGAUUGCUCAGAGAGUAUACACAGUCCUGUUACUGCCAUGAAAGUACACUUCCGCAAAUUUAAGACCAAAUUCGAUUGUGAAUCAGUGCUUGUCCAUAUAUGUGGCAUUACGAGCACGCACGACUCGACACGACUUGUUUCACGUAGGAACUGUGCAGUUGUUUCGUGCUGGCUCGCAGAUGCAACUCAAAGGAAAUGACAUGAUGUCUAAAUAUAAAU